AUGGGACUGAUACGUGUCGGCGGGAGGCUGGAACAGUCUUCUGAGGGAUAUGAUGUCCGCCAUCCCAUCCUGUUGCCAAGAGGUCAAGUCGCCACUAUGAUUACGAGCCAACUCCAUCUGGAUCACCAUCAUGUCGGUCCCCAGACCUUAUUGUCAACCAUAAGACAAAGAUACUGGCCUCUCGACUCAAGAAACCUCACAAGGAAGGUCUGCAGACUCUGCAUCAUCUGUUUCAAACACAAACCUACGCUCCUUCAGCAGCUUAUGGGCAACCUCCCACCGGAAAGAGUGACUCUUACGACCCCAUUUGCAACCUGUGCCAUUGACUUCUGUGGUCCGGUCCUCACGAGACCAGCCUAUAAGCGAGGAGGUGCCUCCUACAAAACCUACGUGUGCGCCUUCGUCUGCUUCGCCACUAAGGCCAUUCAUCUAGAAGUCGUGGGAGACCUGACCACACAUUCAUUCAUCGCAGCCUUACGGCGAUUUGUUGCCCGUCGCUCCGCGCCGUCCCACAUAUACUGCGAUAACGCAACCAACUUCCGCGGGGCUGACUCUCUUCUCAAGGGUCUUCUGACUCAACUCCGGCUGGUACCCGUCUUCCGCGAUGAAUGUUCCACCAAAGGCAUCACAUUCCACUUUAUGCCGCCCAGAUCCCCUCACCACGGAGGCCUACAUGAAGCAGCAAUAAAGUCCCUAAAAUUCCACCUUAAGAGAGCGAUCGGAGACACCAUAUUAACUUUUGAAGAGCUGACCACGGUCAUAUCUCAAGUGGAAGCCAUCUUGAACAGCCGGCCAUUGACUCCACUGUCUCAGGACCCAAAUGAACCGUCCGCUCUCACACCUGGCCAUUUCCUGGUUGGAAAACCACUCAAAAUGCUCCCAGACCUCAACCUGACUACUGUCUCGCCAUCCAUGCUCAAUAAAUGGCAAUUAUGCCAAAAACUGUUGCAGCAAUUCGCCUCUCGAUGGAGGAAGGAGUAUCUCCACACUCUCCAGCCAAAGAAGAAGUGGUGUUCCCACAAGAAAAAUCUUCAGGUGGGAGAUCUUGUCCUACUGCGAGAGGAGACCUCUUCCCCCAGCCAUUGGCCCAUAGGCAUCGUAGAGGCUACCCAUCCUGGAACGGAUCAGCAGUGUCGAGUGGUCACUGUGAGAACUGCGAAGGGGAGCUACCAACGUGCCAUUCAAUAUGUGGCAAAAUUGCCACUGGAGGGAUUAUCACCCUCCGAAACCGCCGCCGGAUCAUGUUGA